CAUGUCAGUCAGUUAGCUGCGAUCGUUCGUCUUGUGCGGACGUCUUGUUGCGGUCUCGGCCAUAGCUGCCCUCUCUUGUGUACAAACAAACUGAACUUCUGGUCUGAGAGCCGACCCCACUUUGAUGUGAAAAACACAGGAUCAUCCAAUUCGAAUGAUCUCAGUGUCACAUGUGAUUAUUCACCUAGUGCAAUGACAACAUAAAGGAUUACACGGUAUACUGAAUAAAAGGAAGUGAAGAGGCGAAGGAGCGACAGAAGAAGAAAGAAAAACAACAGUUACGGGGAAAGGAUAUUACACUUAACGAAUAGACCAAGAGCGGUACCAUUUUGUGUGAUAUGCGAUAAGAUAAGAGCAAGUGGGUAUUAUCGAGUAUUUUCGGCGGCGAUUCAGUGCGAAACAUGAAACGGUUGAAGAAACGUGAUGGCGAGGUAUCGCCCACGACGACGACGAAGAAGAUGACAAGCCCGAAUUCAAAUCGGGUGAACUUGAAUUGUUUUACAAUGGUCCUAACGUGCACGUUCCUCCUUGGUCUGAUGCACCUGACGGUCGGCGAAAGGAUGUCGAACAUCGUCUUGGUAAGCAGAGACCUGAACAAAGCCCUGAUGGAGGUUCUUGCCGGCAUUACUGACAUCAACUACACUGAAAUCCAAACUCGCAACGACUACAAUAGCUCUACCUACUUUAAUCCACGGGGGAUGGCGGUCCUCUACAACAUCACCACUAAAUACAUCAAAGCCAUUAGCAUCAAUUUCCUGCCCACAGAUCUGAUCAGUUUCGAAGAGGAUGGCAAAAUCAACAUCACUGAUGAUUAUCAAAAGAUCUUGCUAAAUUACUGGCCGCUCAUCACAUUUUUAGUAGUUCUGGUUGCAUUCGCUCUGUUUAUGCCAAUUUGUGGUCUCUGCUUUUGGUGCUGUCGUUGUUGCGGUAAUUGUGGAGCAACGACCAAGUCUUACGACAAGAAGAGUGAUCUCUGCAAGAAGCUGAUAUUUGCAACUCUGCUCAUCGGUCUCGGAACUUUGAUCCUGUUCGGCGUUGUUUGUGCCUUUGUCACUAAUCAACAUAUGCAGGAUGGAACCGAAUCCCUUACCAAAAACUUGAGAAUCAGCGUGGACGAUACUAAUUCUUACAUACAUUCUACUAAAGAUCAGAUCAAUGUACUACUCGACGCUAAUUUUGCGCAGUUCAGUGACGCACUGUUCGACACUUUAAACAACGCAAGUAGUAUACUGUUCGAGAAACUAACUGAGGUGUCUAAGGCGGCUUCAAUAAAGGAUGCCGGAAAAAUGAUUGAUACAUUGAAAACCGUGAAAGCCAAUUUGAAGAAGAUAAAGGUAUUGACCAAUGAGUUACGGGUCGAUGCUUCGCAACUAAACGAUGCUAUGCGAAAAUUGAAAAAAGAUCUGUUUGCCGCUUUGAAAACCUGUGAACAAGAAAGCGAUUGUUCGCAACUAUUAGAAAAUUAUGUGAGCAAAUUAGGCACAACCAUUGACUUCGAUAGUUUCCUGGACAGGUAUUUUCCCAGGAUUCCAGAUAUGACUUCCUCUAUAAAUAAAUUGGACAAAGAUUUAGACCAACAGUUUGUAGAGUCUAUAUCGAAAGGAAUCACAGAGCUUAAUGGAAUACAAACUAAUAUAGAAUCUAAACUGACGACUAAGCUGGAUGAUCUGAAGAAAGCUGUUAAAGAUUCUGGCGAUGAUAUUAAAAAACAGUCAACUGACAUCACAAAAUCAAUGGAUGAGACAGCUUCAAAAUUAAAUAAAGCGACAAAGAAGGCAUUGAAUGUUGCUGAUAAAUAUAUCAAAGAAUAUUCAAAGUACAGAUUCUACAUUGGUCUGGGCGUAAGUGUCGUGCUGCUGCUCAUAGCCCUCUGCAUUUCACUCGGUUUAGUCUGCGGUAUUUGCGGUAAAAAGGCAUCCGACAUUGAUGAUGACUGUUGCAACAAAGGAGCUGGUAGUAAAUUCUUAAUCAUAGGAGUAGCCAUAAUGUUUCUUUCUGCCUUCUUUUUGGUGAUAGUUCUUCUUGCUCAUUUCAUUGCCGUUGUACCGCAUCGAAUGGUAUGUGAACCGAUGCGAGAUCCUCAAAUGAACGAGGUAUUAAUCUUCUUGGACAAAGCAAUUCGCUGGGAUAAGAAUAUUGGACUUAACAUCACGCUACAAAAAAUGAUUCCAGACUGUUAUAAUAAUAAGAGCGCCUAUCACGUGUUCAAUUUGAAAGAAAAAUUCGAUUUGGAAAAAAUUGGAGAUUUUAUACAUGAUUUUCAAAUCGACGAAUUGCUUAACCAAUUGGAAAAAGAAUUGCAAAUCGACGGCGUCACCCUCUUAAAAGAUGAAGAUCUAGAUAAAUUACAAAAAUUAACUUUGGAAAAUAAUUUUAGCAAGGUUAUCUCUGAGCUAAGCAUUAACUUCACUAAUGUGGAUUUGGGAGAAUUCAGUAACGCGAUCGAUGUUGUUAUUAAAAAUUUAAAGGAAAAGGGAGAGACAGAAAUUGUCACAUCUUUGACUACAAUUAAAUUGCACAUCGAUACCUACAUUGAAAAGGUUUUCAAUCCAAUGAAGAAGCACGCUGACGAAGUCAUAAAUCUAGCCAAUACCACCGAUUAUGCAAUGAGAUUCGGCAAAGACAGUUUUGAAGAAGCAAUCAAAGACCUCGUCGAUAACAUAAAAUACGCGCAAGAUUACUUGACAAACAACGGUACCAUAGAGAUUAAAUCGAUUACUAAGCAAUUUUCAACUACUAUCCUGGAUCAAGCAAAGAAUUACACGACUAGGAUCAUUUACCAUUUUGAACAAAAAAUAGGCGAUUGCGGUCCGGUAGCUUUAGUGCUCAACGGUACUUUAACUGCAACAUGUGACAACAUCUUAGCUCCAAUGAACGGAUUUUGGUUCAGUAUCUUUUGGUGCCUGGUUCUCUUCAUACCGACAAUCAUUAUUUCUGUUAAAUUGGCCAGCGUUUAUCAGAAACGCGAUCAAUACAGGGCCUGCGAAUCCGAUUAUUUGUAUGAUGCAUUUGAUCGAGAAAGCGUCCCGUUGGCUCGGACCAAAGCCAACAAAAAAAAGCAGAAGAAGAAGCGAGGCGAUAACAGAGCUUAUAUGCCUGAUAGGGAUCGUAGGCACGACUAUCCAGGCGGAUCCCAUCACGAGGACACCAGAUAUGCGGAUAUGGCUCCCAAAAAUUAUGGAGACUUUCCGAAUGGCGGCCCGCCCCAAUACGAGAGAGCCCCCACCGAAUACGAAAGACCUCCUCCAUACUACUACCAGGGUUCCGGGGACCAUUAAACAGACUGAGAAUUCUGAGCUAUGUGAACAAAACGAUGGGAUAAUAACAGACUGAGACUCGACUAUGCUUUAUAAGCAGCAUGGAAAGAAAACCCGUUUCUUUCCUUCCCUUCAUAUUUUACUUUAAAAUUUAAAUUUAAGUUAAUGGUUUGCGUAACAGUAUAACUGAUAAACAAACAACCAGUAAAUUUCCCUUAACAGACGACACUCAUCCUCCAAUUUCAUUAGACACUAAUCGGCGGUGAGUUUGCUCAAAAGAGGUUUUAUAUAUAAGUUUUUAAUUAUUGUAAUUCCGAAAUUGAAAGUUAGGGAAAAUAAUGGAACAUAAUGUGAUUGUAGUAGUACGGAGCGUGGAAUAUAUUUACAAUAAUUAUUGAUUAUUAUUACACGGUUUGAUCGUCAACGACGGUUAAGUCCCUUUUUAAAUGUGCAAUUUAUUCCAAAAUCGAUACAAAUUUAUAUUAUAUUCUCUAUAUAUACAUAUAUAAAUGUGAACGUAUAUUAUACAUGUAUUUUAUCAUCACAGGGAAUCAUGUUACAAGUAACGUAGUAAUAUUGUUCAUGAUGUAAUGGGUGUUGUAUGGUGGAAACUUCCCCCCGGCCCCGCCUUCCCACCACUCUUUCUCUCUUCAACACGUUACGGUUAAAUUUCAAGUAUGUCUCGCUGCUCAAAUCCGACGUCGUUUGCAAUUUAAUCGCAACGCCCACCACCGUUCUGUCAAUUUGUUAAAUCGAAUUCAAACCCACUCCUCAAUUAGGUAGACUUUCUUCCAUCUCGACAUAACCAAAUAUUUUAUUUUUUACACAUAUAUCGGAUUCGAUAUUUUAGUUUUUCCGCAACUGCCUAAAUUGCAUUGCAAGUUAGUUUAUUUAGUGUGUA